GCCCGUGUUUUUCUCUUUGCAGAACUGACCUUGAAUCCACCAGAAGGGAUAGUUGCAGGUCCCAUGAACGAAGAGAACUUCUUUGAGUGGGAAGCUCUGAUUAUGGGUCCUGAAGACACCUGCUUUGAGUAUGGGGUUUUCCCUGCUAUUCUGAGCUUCCCACUCGACUAUCCUCUAAGUCCUCCGAAGAUGAGGUUCACGUGUGAGAUGUUCCAUCCAAACAUUUACCCAGAUGGGAGAGUUUGCAUCUCUAUUCUCCAUGCUCCUGGCGACGAUCCCAUGGGAUACGAGAGCAGCGCGGAGCGGUGGAGUCCUGUGCAGAGCGUCGAAAAGAUCCUGCUGUCAGUCGUGAGCAUGCUGGCAGAGCCGAAUGAUGAAAGUGGAGCCAAUGUAGAUGCCUCCAAGAUGUGGCGAGAAGACAGAGAACAAUUUAACAAAAUUGCCAAGCAGAUUGUGCAGAAAUCGCUCGGACUUUAAGCUCCCCAAGAGACUGCAGCGUUCCACGUUUCUCUCUGCUUGAGAAAGAGCCGUGCUCAGUGCUGGUACCAAAAAGGCAAACUUUGCAAAACUUUUGGCCUAGUUCUUCUCGCUCAUCCCAUAUUUACCAUCUUUUCAUUUUUUUCUGCUUCCACUGCUCCAGAGAAGCCUCUAGUUCACUUGCUAAAUUGCGUGGCAAAGGGAUUUAUUAUAGGAAAAAUAAAGCGAGCAGUCCUGUUUCAAAGGCUGUUUGUUGCUACCUCACUUCGUGGUAUGGGAAGCUUGGAGACUUGGCAAUCUAGAGCCCGCUUUGGUCCACCUGCUGUUUGCAAACAAAACUGUUUUUAGAUCAUCUACUGGAAGAAUU